AAAAAUUAUGAACGAAAUCUAAAAACUGAUUUAUUUUCAUUAAUUUAAAUCAACAUUUUCGUUUGUUUUACAGUGGUGCAUUACCUGAAUAAAUUAAAGUCGUUUUUGCCGAUUUUCUUUCACGGCUCGUGGUAUCUUGACCAUGUGUCCAGCACAUAUAAAAUUGCAUUACUGAACGCUAAAUUUGAAUGUGUCUACAUACCUACGAAAAAAUAAUUAGACAUUUGAGAAUUCGAGAAAGGUUCUUAAAAACCCUAAAUGUGGAUUUAUUAUAUAUAGGUACGUGCAAGAACGUGUAGGUAAAUGGUUUAAUUUACUUAAAUCGAAAUUUAUAAAGCUUGAUCAUUUAAUCAAGUAAAUACCUUCGAAAGUAGGUAAACUCUAAACCAGAUUGCGAUAUUCAUUAUGCAAGUUCAAAUACACUCGAUUUUUUGUGUCUAUUAUAACACCACCUGUUUAAUUUCAAUAAAUGUGAGUGAAAGUCGUAUGUGACCUGUAUCACUCAAGCAAAUUUUGUCUUAGUCACAUUCACUUAUCGACAAUAUCUCAACGUGCAAAGAUUAUGAGUGCAGUUUUGAUCCUGUGUCUUCUUUCAUGGUUUGUUAACGCGGGCGCGGUCUAUGAAGAAUUUACACAUCAUGUAGCAGUCCCCUUGAAAUUAAGACAAGCUGAAAAGGAACAAUUACAGGAUUUGAGCAAAAUUCCGGGCGUUCCUGGUGUGGAUUAUCCCAUUUACCAUAGCGUACCGGAAACUGGCUUCUCUUGCCAUAACGUACCUGCUCUACCUGGAAUGUACGCAAACGUCGAAACCGGAUGCCAGGCAUAUCACGUGUGUCACGAUGGUCGUGAAGGUCAUCAAGGCGCUUCUUUCCUCUGUACAAAUGGAACAAUUUUUAAUCAAGAAGAAUUUGCGUGCGAUUGGUGGUACAAUGUAAAUUGUCACAAUGCCAUCAACUUGUAUCGGGUAAACUUGGAUCCCCAUAAGAAUCCUUACUUUCCAAAAGUUAAGACGGAGGAAUCAUUACCUGUACACCAUUAGGGAUUACGAUUCCGUAUAUACCAUACUUACUUCACUUGUGUAUAAAAGUAAUGUUAUUUAGAUAAAGAGAAAACAGUAAAGAAAACAAUUACAUUUGUGUCGCAACGAG